AUGAAGCUGCAUCUCCAGCUAAGCAUCGCAAGUGUGGUACUAGUGACUGCCCAAUGUGAGCUCCUCACGUCAACCUACACGGGCACGAAGGGACUACAUGAGCUGGCCAAGAUGCACGGCAAAUACCUGGGUACAGCCACGGACCAUGGCGCAUUGACCGACAAGUUUUACGUCGCAGCCCUUCAGGACGUGAAAGAGUUCGGCAUGAUCACGCCUGGUAAUGCCAUGAAAUGGGAUGCGACAGAACCGACGCAAGAUACGUUUACGUUUGCCAAGGCCGACGAGAUCGUUGCACUCGCAGAAGAAGCAGGGGCUCAAAUCCGGUGCCACACGCUCCUGUGGCACUCACAAGUCCCGAACUGGGUCCAAAGUCUCAGCAAAGCUGAGAUGCUAAGUGCUCUGGAGAACCACAUUACGAAAGUCAUGACGCAUUUCGGGGACACGUGCUAUGCGUGGGACGUGGCCAAUGAGGUGAUGGGAGAUGACGCAGUGUAUCGGAAGUCGUUCUGGUACAACGCUACGGGCACGGACUACAUCUCGACGGCAUUCAAAACUGCCAACGCUGUCAAGAAGUCACUUGGUCUGAAGACAAAGCUGUACUAUAACGACUACAACAUCAAUGCGAUCAACGCCAAGUCAACGGCUGUGCUUGAUAUGAUCCAGAAGCUGCUGAUUGAUGCUGACAUCGGCAUCGACGGCAUGGGGUUCCAGUCGCACUCGAGUGCCUCCGACACGGAUACGAUCGAGGGCCUUGUGGCAAACAUGGAGCGCUUCUCUGCUCUCGGACUUGACGUUGCGUACACGGAACUUGACGUCAAGACGAGCUCGCCCACGCCAUCGAAAGAGGAGGAAGAGAAGCAGGUUGUUGUUUACACCAACACGAUUGCUGCAUGUCGCAAGGUGAAGAAAUGCGUUGGGGUGACGAUCUGGGACCAUAGUGACCAGUACACCUGGCUCAAAGACUCGGCUCCGCUUCCGUGGCACCAGCCGUCUGGAAAGGGCACGAAGCUUGUGCGCAAGCGUGCGUACGAUGGCAUUGCUGCUGGGUGGGGUGAGACUGAAAGCUCGAGCGCGAAAGACGAGAGCAGCCUUGACGAUGCAAGUUUGACGGAGGAUACGAGUGACGCUGAGGCACCGGGUGACGCCGAAGCUUUGGCGGCGAGUGGCGCGACUGAGACCACGAGUAGCUUCGCCAGCGACGAUGACACCGUUGUUGACGAGAUUACAAGUGACGCAAGCAACAGUAAAGAGGUUACUGACACGACUGGCACCUCACGCCAAAGCGACUCGGUUACGCAAGAGCUACCGUCGUUGGAUUCUACAGACGUGGCAGACGAUAGCGGCACUCAAACUUUGCCAACGAAAAAGGUCGUUGCAUGCACUCGUCGACUUCGCAAGUAA